UUAACGCUGGAAAAGGGGUUGCCUGCGCAUCUGGAGGAAAACGCGUUUUUAAAAGAAGAUUCUUUUUAGUUUUGCUUAUGAAAACCGUAGAAAGGGCAAAUAUUUCCCCCCUUAAUCGAGAGAAAAUUACAACAUCCGAGGCGAUGAGAUGUGAGUGAGCUAUGCCUUAUAGAAAUGGACAGACUGUAUCCAAGCGAAAACAUGGCGUCUAUUUCUCAAAGUUUGGAUUCUUCUCCAGCCUACUUUUUUCACUGUGCUGCCUGGAGGCAUGGAGCUCGUUGGGGAUGUGCAGCCCUUGUCCCAGAAACUGUUCGUGUACGGUGGUGGGACCCCAGAAUUCUUCAGUGGUUAAUUGUUCGAACAAGGGAUUGGAUUGGGGACCAUUAGCUUCGGAGCUCCCAUCUGACAUAAAAAUCCUAGAUCUGUCCAGAAACCGCAUCCAAUCCCUCCAUGACAGUCUCUUUGAUCACCUCACUUCCCUGAAGGAACUAGAUCUGAGCAACAACCAGAUCACCACCAUAGAUGAGCGGAUAUGCGAUCAUUUAUUUAAUUUAACCGCCAUUGACCUGAGCUUUAACCCGUUGGUGUGCGACUGCUCGCUGUACCGGCUUGUGAGCUGGCUGCAGGAGAGAGGGGUGUCGGUGCGGCGGCCCAACUCCAUGCUCUGCGACCAGCCGCCCCGCGUCAAGAACCAGCCUCUCCUCAACGUCAGCCUGCUCACUUGUGGCCUGAACUAUGCUGGAUGCCUGCAGGAUGAGCAGCACACAGGAAGCUCAGAGCUGGUCAUCUUCUCCUACUCCACGCCGGGGAACUUCUCGCGGGAGGAGUGCAACACGCUGUGCUUCCACGAGGACAAGCGCUACGGGGGCCUGGGGGCACACCGCGAGUGCCUGUGCAGCACCAACUCUGAGCCCAACCUGCUCAGCGAGUCCCAGUGCUCGGCCGCCUGCACCGACGCCCAGGUCAUGAAGAAGUGUGGCUGGACCGUGGCACCGGACGUCUUCCAGGUGGGCUUAAACGCCUCUCUCUUCUUACCCCGGGCGUGCGUCCACUCCGAGGCUGUCCUGUCGGUUUCCUCCUCUGUCCUCUCCGCCUCCUACUCCUGGCUCUUCGGUGACCUCUCGCCUCGCGUCAUCACCUCCACCCCCAACUCCACGGUGCGGCACAAAUACGCGCUGCCUGGACGCUACACGGUCGAGGCAGGGAUAACGGCGGGCAAGACCAAAGUCACGCAGAAAGGGCCGGUGGACGUGGCUCUGCCCCCCCGUCUGGAGUUGCGCUGCCCGGGCACACUAGUGGCCAACCACAGCCUGACCACCACACUGGUCAACUGGGGAGGAGUUGGAGUCUCUGCUGACUGGAGGAUCGUAAAGGAUGAUGAGGAGGUGGCAAGAGCGUCUCCUUUCUGUCCUCCGGAGGCGGUGCGGCACGACGAGUCCUCGCGCUGUUUUCAGCUGGUCGCCACGGAGUCCACCUGGCCUGCGGCGCGGCAGCAGUGUGUGUCCUGGGGUGGGGAGCUGGCCGUGGUCCACAGCCAAAGCAUCCGCCACCUCCUGGCCAGCCGUGUCACUCAAGAGCGAGGCGUGUGGCUGGGCUUAAGUGAUGUGGACGACGGCGACUCACUGCGCUGGGUGGACGGUUCCGAGGUGGCCUCAGGAGAGGAGGGUUCUCUUGACAGAGGCACAAUAUUGCGGGGCAAUAAGUGUGUGUCACUGGAACACACAGGCCUUCUCAGCCAGCAUCGCUGCUCGGCCCUACGGGCUUUCUUCUGCCAGUUCACCAAGUUUGUUGGGAUCCCUGAUGCUGGUGUCUUCAUGGUGGGCACCGCUGUCUUCAACAUCCACAGGCCUCUAUCCAGUGUGACAGAGGCCCAGGCUCUUGACAUGCCAUCAAAGAGUGUGGAGUUGCUGUUGUUCCCAGCGUUGAGUUUUACGCACACUGCCCGACUGUCCUCCCUGGAGCUGAUCACGCAGCAGCUGAGCUCAGAUGCACAGGUGCGCUUCCAGGUGUACCGGCCGCAGUGCCAGGAGCUGGGAAAACACCUGCUGCUGCCAGGUUGUGGUCAACUCUGUGCUCCCAUGGCCUUGUGCCAGGAUGUGGAUCAGAUGGCCAAUGGAACAGUGCGAGCCACUCCGCCGUGCCCGUCCCUGCAGCAGUGGUGCCCCUUCCUGGAGCGAUGCCAGCCCCUGAACAGCUCGUGCCACCACACCUCCUGUUUCAACUGCUCAGGAGUGGACCCUCUGCCCCGUGGGACACGGCGGCCGGAGUACAGCCACGUGGGAGAGGACGUUCUCUUCACCCUGCCCGCUGGACCCUCUGCACACCACCUGGUCCAAGAAGGAGUGGAGAACUUGCUGGUCUUCCCUGGUGAUUUCAUCGCCCUGCAGCAUGACGCAGGUCCAGGUGCCCUCCUCCACUGCACCCCCGACCCCUCGUCACCGUGGAGACAGAGUGUCCUCACUCUCAACCUCUCCGACUGGACCACCAACAGCUCCAUCCUGGCCACUGACACAGUGCAUUGGAUCCAUGACAGCACGUGUCUGCUGAGAGUGCUCCACGUAGGGGAGAACCAGACCAACCUCACGGACCCACAGUUCACCGCUGGCCUGGCCCAGCCAGGAGACUACAGCCUGGAGGUGACCUCGCACGACCCCGACUUUCCCGUGACGGCCAGCUGCUUGCUCCAUGUGGUGCCUCCGCUCGGCCUGUCUGUGAUUCACCCGACCAACCAGAAUGGGACGGUUUACUUCCGGCCCAAUCAGACGGCCCUGCUGCUGAGGGUGCACUCGCAGCACAGAGCAGCGGUCAGAUGGCAGGGCAGUAACACCACUGUCCACUUCGAGUCUUUCUGCCCCCAGGAGCUUGUAGCUAAAGUAGCCGAGUGCCGACAGGUGGACCCCAACAAUGAGACGUGGUUCGCCUGGGUGGACCUCCACCUGGACGAGUCUCCAGGCCCAGUGGCAGUGGAGCUCACGGCUAAGAGUGAGGUGACCACAGACAGCCUGACCAUCCAGGCAAGGGUAGAGCUACCGCUUUGCGGCCUACGGAUACAACCACAUCCAAGUCAAAGAGUGCUUAUGUUGUCAGUGGUGAGCUACGUGGCCAUGGUUGAAGGAGGCACUGACCCCAACUUCAAGUGGACAGUGGAUGAUAAACCAUAUUUCACCUAUUACAACACUGUUUUUAAUGUCAUCUACCAAAAUGCAGCAAUCUACAAGCUAACGGUGACUGCUAUAAACCAUGUGAGCAGCCUGACGGAGCAUUUCAACGUGACUGUGGACCGCAUGAACCCCAUGAGUGAGAUCACAGUGCUGGGGGUCCCCAGCAUCGUCCCCCAAGGCUCCAACCUCAGCCUGGCCGCCUUCGUCACCGUGGACACAUCAGUGGAAGCAACAUUCCGGUGGGCAUUUGGAGAUGGAGGAUAUCAGGACCACCACAAGCUUCCCUAUGACCAGCUGCAUGAGGCCUCUGAUCCCACAAUCAAGCAGUUUAAACUGCAAGACAAUGUCACCUAUGUGUAUGCUCAGCCAGGGGAGUACACCCUCCUUGUCUCUGUGUCAAAUCGCUAUGAGCCGCCGAAGACGCAGAAGAUUGAUGUGUAUGUAUUCAGCAUCCUGACAAACGUGAAGAUUGAGACGGAACCCAAUGUGCUGCAGGCGGGACAGUCUGCUGAGUUUGAGGCCCAUUCCUUGCCUUCCACUUACGGAAUAGUCUACACCUGGGACUUUGGCGAUAACUCCACGAGGCUGCAAGGUCGUGAGCGCCGCGUCAUCCACACUUACACCCACAGUGGCAUCUACGAUGUGUGCGUGACUGUAAACAACACCAUCAGUACCACUGGGACAUGCACAAAGAUGAUGGUGUUUGAGGAGAUUAAGGGCUUAACGGUCCAGUCCUCAGGUCCCACUGAAUUACACACAUCCGUGGAGAUCACUGCACAACUGCUGGCCGGCAACAAUGUCACCUGGAGCUUUGACAUGGGAGAUGGGAACGUGCUGCCCAGUGAGAAAGCAACGGUUGAGCACACAUACAUUAAAGAUGGAAACUACUCGGUGAACAUCACAGCCAAGAAUGCUGUGAGCUCCCAGUGGCAGGUGAUUCCUGUAAAUGUGUUUGUGCUGCAGGUGCUGUGGCUGGAACCUGCUGGGUGCAUUCAGGAGAACACAAAUGUCAGUUUUCGUGCUUUUGUGUCAGGAAAUGCCUCCACUUACCAUUAUCAGUGGAGCUUUGGGGAUAAUACACAUAAUGAGACUGUCUUUGGCUUCCCUACGAUCACACACUCCUUUUUGGAGAGUAAGAAAUACACUCUCUCAUUGGUUUUGUUAAGUGCAGUAAACAGGGCAAGCUUUCACGCCUGGGUGUGUGUCCAGCCUGCCGUGAGCAGUGUUUCACUCAAACCCUUGAAUAGGCAUAUCAGACUUGGAGAAGAGACUAAGUUCAGAGCCGUAGCCAUUCCUGAAUUCGCCUACACUUAUCACUGGGAGUUUGGCACCAGUGACUCUAGAGGGCCCAUACAAGGAGGUGCAGACAUGACAUUUACAUACAAAAACCCUGGACAGUACCAGGUCAUGGUGAUGGUCCUCAACAACAUCUCGUGUAGCAAUGAUACCGUUGAAAUUGAGGUUCAAAAGCCAGUGGGCUCCCUGCUGAUUCUGCACAAUGGCACCAAAGACAACAACCUUACCUUGGAUCAAGACUACACAUUUGAGGCCUAUUCUGAUUCCACUGAUGUUCAGUAUACCUGGAACUUUGGGGAUGGAAACAUCUUCAGUGGCUCAAAGGCCACUCAUUCCUAUAACCUCUCAGGCCUCUUCAACAUAACCCUGCUGGGACAAAAUGCAGUGAGCCGCAAUAAGACCGUGGUUUUGAUGUCUGUCCUGACCCCCAUGCUAGGCUUGUCAGUGAAUGCUAGUGCAGUGAAUGUGCCACUCAAUGCAUCAGUGAACUUUGAGGCCCAUCUUCAGCAGGGGGACCAAGUGAGGUAUUCCUGGAUCCUUUGUGAUCGUUGCACGUCCAUUCCUGGUACAAGCACCAUGUUCUAUACAUUUCGCUCAGUUGGGACAUUCAAUGUGAUAGUGACAGCUGUAAACGACAUUGGCACUGCCCAAGCAAGCAUCUUGAUUUUUGUGCAGCGGGAGCUGGAGGGUCUGCAGAUUAUUGCAGAGGAGCUGGAAGACAAGUGUUGCUAUGCCACCAACCAGGUCCUUCAUUUGCAUGCCUCUCUUAGGGAAGGAACAAACAUGUCAUUCAACUGGAACAUACUGAAAGAGCAAGAGACCACGCCUCCGUUAAAUUAUACUGGUAAAACAAUUGAUCUGAAUUUUUCAACUCCAGGCACUCGCGAUAUUUUUCUGAUAGCCACCAAUCUUUUGGGCCAGUUGUCAGUCAACAAAUCCAUUAAGUUUUUGGAUCAUGUUGGGGAACUGUUCCUUGACAUUUCACCAAACCCUGUUGCAUUGAAUGCCAUUGUAAACAUGAGUGUGUCUGUUAGUGGUGGCACAGACCUUCAUUAUAAUUGGAUAGCUGACGGUGACUUGGACUGGUUCGAUAGUCUUGUCCAUCAUAGGUUUGAGAGUCCAGGAAUGAAGCAGGUGACGGUGGAAGUCUCUAAUGAAGUGAGUACUAAAACCGUUUCCAAAUGGAUCAGUGUGCAGGAGCCAAUCUCAGGCGUGCAGAUUUCUGCAAGCAAUGUCACAGAACAGAACUUUGUUGCCUCUGGUGUCAAUGUUACCUUUCGUGGAGAUGUAAGUAAGGGGACCAACAUCUCUUGGACAUGGUUGUUACCCAGCAGUAAAAGAACAGGUCGACCAGUCACAUCCUAUAUCUUCCCAGAACCAGGGAACUUCUCUGUCAUGUUGAACGCUACAAAUGACAUCAGUGGGGAGGCAUUGUCCCGUGAUUUCAUAGUCCAGAAUCGUAUUCAGGGACUGAAUUUGAAAACCAGCAAGGUGAUUGCAGCGGUUGGAGAAAAUGUUGAGUUUACCAUUUCUAUUGCAUCAGGAUCAUCGGUCAAUUUCUUGCUGAGUAUCAGUGGAGAUGCCUCGGUGGAGCUUCUAAACAUGACUUACGUACACCAGUUCACAAGGGUGGAUCCAUAUAUAGUCAAUCUGACCGCCUUCAACCAGGUUAGCUCUGAUAGAAAGUCCCUGCAUGUGGAAGUGAUGGAGCCUGUGAAGCACUUGUCAAUUGUGAAUUGCUGUGAGGCCGCCAUACCUGUCGGAGUGGCAAAGACCUUCAUUGCGAACAUAGAGGCUGGGAAACCUGUGACCUACCUGUGGACCUUUGAUCUGCAUUACACGGCCAACCAAAAGACAUUUUGGUCAAAGGAGGCCACCUUCACCCCUCCAGAGCCUGGCACACUGACCAUUUUCCUUCGUGUCUUUAACCUUCUGGAUCCCUCUGGUCUAAAUAUAUCUAAGACAGUCCAGGUUCAAAACAUCCUAACAUCAGCCACACUUGAAGCUCAACCACAAGACACUUUCAUUAACAAGGUGGUUUCCUUCCGAGUGGCUGUGAGCCCACGCAACACUCGGGCCAACUAUACGUGGGAUUUUGGUGAUGGCAAGGAAAAUGUAUCUAUGACCCCCUCUCAUAGUCACACAUACUCUCGGCCUGGGCAGUACCUGGUGAGGGUCAAUGCCAGCAAUUUAGUCAGCUGGGUCCUGACUGAGGUUGAGGUAAACAUCCGUGUUCUGGCAUGUGAGGAGCCUGAAGUUCAUAUCAAGCAAGCCCCUUAUUUGGGAAUUUGGCGUCACAAGACGACCCUAGUGGAGGCCAGUGUUGACCUAAAAGGCUGUGAUCACUACAGGGUGGAGUAUCUCUGGGAAGUUCUGGCCACCCAGGACUGCUCUGAUGAUGACGACAUGAAGGCACCUACCAAGAUGCUUCUGCCCCCUGAGGUGGACGUACAACGGAUCCAGCUUUCUGUGCCCAAGAUGGCACUGCCCGCUGGGAAUUACACCCUGGUCUUUUCCUUGGCAUAUGAGGGUGUUCCUCUCAGGAAGGCAGCCUGCCUUCAAUUAUCCGUGAAGGCUGGGAAACUGGUCCCCAUUAUUGAAGGUGGCACAUACCGUGUGUGGUCAAAGACCCAGGACCUGCUGCUGAGUGGAGAACAAUCCCGUGACCCAAAUGUGGACUUGGAGAACCCCUCACUUCUGAUCUAUCACUGGGACUGUGAAAGCACCUCAAAGGGUCCAUCUCACUGCCCCGCUCUGGACUAUGGCUCCAGUGGGCCUGUUCUGGGAAUUGCCGGGUCAGACCUGGAGGUAGACGUUGAGUACACUUUCCGUCUCACCGUCAGCAAAGAGGGCAUGCCUUCAGAGUCAACAGUUCAGAAGGUGUUGGUCCAGUCUGGUCGGAUCCCCAUGGUGUCUCUGGAGUGUGUGUCCUGCAAGGCUCAGUCCAUCUUCGAGGUCAGCCAGAGCUCUAAGGUCGACCUGGCUGGGACCUGCAGCAACUGUGGAUUGUCACAUCGUGGGCACUGGACGGCCAGAACCCAGAAUAAUGAGCGGCUGGCGCUGGACUCGAGCACCACCACCACGGGCAGUGAGGGCAUGCGCCUGGUGCUGCGGCAGGGCAUCCUGCGCGACGGCGAGUCCUACGUUUUCACCUUGCACGUUGCCGAUGACGACAUGGACCGCAAGGGUGUGGCCUCCAUCGAGCUGCAGCCCAACCUGCCUCCCUCGGGCGGGUCGUGCUCGCUGUGGGCCGAUGGUCCAGGGCCUUAUGUGCGCACCCUGCUGGACAAGGUGUACUUCAACUGCACAGGCUAUGCUGAUCAGGGGGAGUCUCCAUCGUCUCUGCUGUACAGCCUGUUGUUGCUGCGCUGCUCCGACUCCCUGUGUGAGGAGUUCUGUGUGUACAAGGGCAGCAGCCCGGAGCACUCCACCUUCCUGCCCCCUGGAUUCAGCGCCACCCACCACCUGGUCUCAGCCACCAUCAUCGUGGAGGACCACCAGGGGGCGUCUAUCGUUUCACUCAACAAUACAUUGAAGGUGGUGUUGCCGGAGGCCCCAGUGGGUUACAGCAGCCUGCCCCACUGGCUGUCCUACCUGACAGAAACGACCCUCAGAGACCUACUCAAGCAGGGAGACUCCCAGCGCGUCCGAGAGCUCUCCCUGGCUCUGAUCACCGUGCUCAACGAGUACGAGCAGACGUCGCCAACCAUGCAAGUGACCCGAGCAGAGCGGCAGCACCGCCUCAGUGUCCGUGGCAACAUCACUAGAGCGCUGACAGCCCUCGACCUCACCACCGUCAACGACAUCCAGCAAACAUCAGCGGCUCUCGCUCAAUGCACAGCGAUGAACCGAGAGUUUGUGUGCGAAGAGUGUCAGAACAGCACUCUGGACAAGCUGGAGUCCAUGCUGGAGAUUUUGCAGACGGACACCAAACAGGGAACCGUCACCCCCACAGAGAUCGCUGACAACAUCCUCAGUAUCAUGGGUGACCUCAUCCAUCAGGUAAGCCAGGCGGCGGUGGUGGGGAUGGCCCUGGAGCCGGACGAUCGCUUGUUGGAGGACCAGCACCCGGUGCUGGACGAUCCGCACCCUCUGCGCGUGGCGGCCAAGGCUUACACGCUGUCGUCCGAGCUCAUGCGCAUCAUGAUGCACUCACGCGUGCUCAACGAGGAGCCGCUCAUCCUGCGCGGCGACGAGAUCGCGGCGGCCGGCAAGCGCGCCGACCCGCAGAGCCUGCUGUGCUACGGCUCCAGUGACCCCAGCCCCGAGUGCCGCCGCUUCUCCAUCCCGCGCACCUUCAACACCAGCCUGAGCCGGGCGGCGCCGGGCGUCGUCCAGCUGCUUUUCCAGGUGGAGCCCAACCCCUUCCCCUUCAACUACGUGGCCAACUACUCUGUCUCCACCGAGGUGGCGUCCAUGGAGUUCCGCACGGAGAACGGCACACAGAUCCCCAUCGCCAACCUGGACGAGAGCCAGGCCAUCACGGUGGCGGUCAACAACGGCAGCACGCCCGGCGUGGACGGCACGGGACCGGUGGAGAGGCUGCGUCCGGCCGGAAGCUUCAACGUGAGCCGCUGCAGCCACGUGAUGGUGAGGGUGGACACCGGGAACACCAACCGGCAGGCCGGACUCUUUGUCCAGCUCAACUUCACCAUCCUGGAGGAGGACACGGAGGAGCGGGAAGCUGACCCGGCCAUCGUGGCGUACCUGAACAGCUCCCAUUGGCCCAACGAGUACAACUGCAGCGACAAGAAGAGCAUCCACCUCAGCAUGACCCAGGGCCAGGAGCUGGACCACCGGCCCUACACCUUCUUCCUGUCACCACUGUCACAUGACACGACCCAGGUGUACUACAUCAACGUGACGACGGGCUGCGGGCCCAGCUACCCGCGUCUGAUUCGCCUGGAGGUGGGCGUGUUCUCCUCGCUGUGUCAGUACUUCAGCGAGAGCGCCAAGCUGUGGCGUACAGAUGGCAUGGUGCCUCUGGCCGAGACCAACGCCAGCCGCGCCGUCUGCAGCACCAGACACCUCACAGCGUUCGCCGCCAGCCUCUUCGUGCCACCCAACGCUGUGGAGUUUAUCCCCCCUAAGGAGUCAGGGGGCGGCCUGGUGGUGGUGCUGUGCUGUGUGCUGGGGCUAGUGUGCUACGCGGUGGCCGCCGCCCUCCUGCACAAGCUGGACCAGCUGGAGCUGCGCCGCGCCGCCGUGGUGCCCUUCUGCGGGAAGGACGGCCUCUUCAAGUACGAGGUGCAGGUGAAGACCGGCUGGAGCCGCGCCGCAGGCACCACUGCCCAUGUUGGCAUUAGUCUGUACGGCCGAGAGAGCCGCAGUGGGCACCGUCACCUGGACAGCAGUGGAGCCUUCACUCGAAACAGCCUGGACAUCUUCCACAUUGCCACCGAUGCCAGCUUAGGCAACGUGUGGAAGAUUCGAGUCUGGCAUGACAACAAAGGGCUCAGUCCAGCGUGGCUGCUGCAGUACGUGUUAGUCAAGGACCUGCAGACAGGCAACACCUACUUCUUCCUGGUGGAGGAAUGGCUGUCUGUGGACAACGAGAAGACAGACGGCCGAGUGGAGAUUGAGGUUGAGGCCUCCGAAGAGCGGGCCCUCCGGCGCUGGCCGCGGCUGUUGUCGUGGGAACUGCAGAGGGCGCUGUGCGAGAGCCACAUCUGGGUGUCCCUGUUGGAGCGUCCGCGCCGUAGUCCCUUCAGCGGCCUGCACAGGUCCACAUGUGGCGCGCUGCUCCUGAGUCUGAUGCUGCUGGCCAACGCUGUGUGGUACACCACCGUAGCCCACCGCCAAAACAGCUCCACUGCAGUGGCUAACCUGGUGUCUUUGAAUGCGGAGACCCUGGGUGUCGGCUUAGUCACCUGUCUGGUGGUCUAUCCCCUGUACCUGCUGGUGUUCUGCCUCUUGAGGAUGAGCCGUAGCAAGGUGCUAGUGGAACAGUUGCCACCACAAAGCGAUCAGGAGUCUCUAGAGAUCGAUGACUUCCUGGAUAACUCCAUGACUGGAAGUUCCUUCCUCAUAUUUAAUGGAAUGUCUGAAGAGACAUGCUCAGAAGAGACCAACAUAGACUUGCCCACUCCCUCAACCCAAAGUCUCCAGAGAUGGAGCGAUUGUCCAGAUGUGAUGAGCGAGUCGUCCGUGAUGGCAUGCGCAGGGCUGCCCCCGAGGCUGAAGCGUGGCCAAGGAAGCCGCCACCUGGGAGUGGACAUCACCUUUAAUCCUGAGGAUGAGGAGGCAGCGGGCGGCUACCCGCAGUACUUCAGCUCCUCAGAUGAGGACCUAAUCAAGCGGAUCCUGGCGGAUGGCCAGCUGCAGGUCUCUCAGCUGUGUGACCCCCAGCAGCUUUUCUCUGCGGCAGACAGCGACAUGGCUGACCUAUCCAGUAUUUUUGGGGAUAAGACCGAGGUGAUCCUGCUGCAGAAACUCAACGAGCCCCCACCGCUAGGAGCGGUCAGGAGAGAUCCGCCCAAAACCGCCUUCACCAACCACACAGUGGUGACAGAUGUGUGCCGGCCCCGGCGCUUCCCGCCCUGGGUUGGCCAGGCGGCACUGUGGGGCAGCUGGCUAGCCCUGGUCCUGUCCAGCAGUCUGUCCAUGUGGCUCGGCCGCAGCAUGAGCGAGCCAGUGGCCCUCAUGUGGCUCAUAUCCUGCAUGGCCAGCUUUGUGUCCUCCUUCUGCCUGCUGGAGCCUCUCAAGGUGCUGUGUGAGGGCCUGUACUUUGCGCUGGUGGUGCGGCGCGUGCGUGCUGAGGAGCAGGACGUGCUGGUGGAGUGGCCGAGGGUGGAGCGGGUCAGCCAGAGGAUCCCACGCGUGCGUCCACCGCAGGGCUUCGCCCUCUCACAGGCCCGAGACGAGGCCCGCAAGGUCCGCCUGCUACACAGAAUGCUCAAGGGCUUCGUGGUGUACAUGCUGUUCCUGCUGGUGGUUCUGCUGCUCAACUACGCCGACUCCAGCACAGACACUCAGCGCCUGCAACUGCGCAGCCAGCUUCAGCACCGGCUGCACACAGCGCAUUUCAACAACAUCAACAGCCGCGAGGACGUGUGGCCGUGGCUCGCCGACUCCUUGCUGCCGCAGCUCCUGGACGGCCCGGCCCUGAUGAGCGCCACGGGCAGCGUGCUCCUGGGUCCACCCCGCCUCCGGCAGCUCCGCAGUCCAGCAGGCUGCCCAGCUAGUGACUCUUUCCCAGGAGCCUCGUGGUUUGGAUGUGGCGUACGUGGCCACGCGCUGGGCUGGAGUGGACCGGGCUCCAGCCUCUCACCCAACUGGACGCUGAGCUCCACUGAGAGCAACGGAGCUUGGCACUGGGGGCAGGCAAAGGUGUACGGCAGUAGUGGAUUUGUGCAGGAGCUGACCACAAACAUGGACAUUUCCAGAGCCCUCAUUCAACAUCUCAGCACACAUCAGUGGCUGGAUCCACUGACAAGGGCUUUAUUUGUGGAGUUUUCUUUGUACAACACAAACACCAAUCUCCUGGCUGUGCUGACCUUCCUGCUGGAGUUUCCCGUGUCCGAGCGCGUCCAGUCCAGUUUGGACCUGAAGACUUGCCGUCUGCACCGCCUCAGCCAAGGCCUGGACCUCCCUCUGCUGCUUACGAUGGUCCUGCUGUCGCUGGUGCUGUUCUUCUGCGUGCGCGAGGGCUCGUGCGUGCUGCGCGAGGGACGCCGCUACCUGGUGCGCGUGUGGAACCUGGCCGGCGUCUGCAGCCUGGCGCUGGCCCUGUGCGUGGCCGCGCUGCACCUGGCCCGCGCCGCCCACGCCGACCGCCAGUGGGACGCCUUCCUUGGCCAGCGCCACCGCUUCACCGACUUCUACGGGCUGGCCCAGCAGAGCCAGGCCAUGAGCACGCUCAGUGCCCUGCUGCUCUUCCUCCUGGUGCUGAAGGCCUCUCACCAGCUGCGCUUCCUGAGGGAGUGGGCCGUGUUUGGCCGGGCGUUGCGGCGCUCGCUGCACGAGCUCCUGGCCGCCUCUGUGGCUCUGCUCCUCCUGCUGCUGGCCUACGCGCACACCGGACACCUGCUCUUCCACUCUGUCCUGGAGGGUUACGGCAGCGUUGGCUCAGUGUUCCUGGCCUUACUGGGCAGCGGGGGUCGGGGCCUGGUGUCGUCGGCGUGCUCCGACUGGACAGUGCUGUUCCACUGCAGCUUCGUGGUGCUGAAGCUAGCGCUGCUUUGGCUGGUCACCUCGGUGUUGCUGCGCAACUACAGAUGUGCUCGCGAGGAGCUGUACCGGCCAGCUGUGGACCUGCAGGACUACGAGAUGGUGGAGCUCUUCCUCAGACGUCUCAAGAUAUGGAUGGGCCUGAGCCGCACCAAAGAGUUCCGCCACAAGGUGCGUUUUGAGGGCAUGGAGCUCCCUCCCUCCCGUUCGUCCUCCACCAGUGACUGCAAAUCUCUGUGCCUGCCCCCGCUGGACACGCCUGAGGGUCCCCCGUCUCCCGACAGUGUGGACGGCAGCUCGGAGGCCUCGUGGCGACCCAUGUCCUGGAGCCCGUGCAGCCUGGCCGAGGCCCCUGGACAGAGCGUGGUGCUGGGGGCGGUGGUGGGCGGCCACAGCUGGAAGGAGCGGGCCGAGAUGGAGGCCACACUGCGGCGGCUGCUGCCCACCUUCGACGCGCUGCUGCAGCAGCUGGACCGCGUGACGCUGGCCACCGAGGACCUGUACCGCGCCGAGUGCCGUCUGGAGCGGCUGCAGCGCAGGAGCCGGAGCCGAGCGCGCAAGGUCAGCCAGGGCCGGCGGAGCGCCACACGCCGGACCGCCAGCAGGGCAGAAGACUCAGCAGCGCCCAGGAAGCAACCGCACGCCAAGGGCCCACACAAAGGGAGCGGUCAGAAGGCCCAGUGGACAGAGGCGAGUCGGAGCUCCCAUCAGGACCCUGGGAGUACUGUGAUCAGCCAAGCUCCCAAGGCCAGUCCGAAUCCCCUGCCCUCUCCAGCGGCUGCCCCUACUCCAGGCCCUGGCUCCACCCCGCCGGCCAUUCCACGGGCGCUGGACUGGGACACGUCGAGCGACAGGGACGGACGCACACCCUCCAGCCUGUUCCGCCACCCGGCGCACACCACCAUCGUUCCCAUGCGCAAGCGCAAAAAUAAACCCCCGCCACUCAAGAACAAGGUUCACCCCAACCCAGACAGGCCCGUCUCAGGACACCCCAAACCCUGAGGCCCCCCAGGGACACACAGGACACAGAGAGAGAGAGAGCGAAAACGCUAGUUUUUGUUUAUUCAUUGAAAGGACUGUUGCAGCAAGAGAGAGAGAGAGAGCAGAUCAGGUCUCUAGGAAGCAUCAUUGGCAGCCGGUUUUGUCUCUGGUGCGUCCCAGAUAGAGAAGUAGAAGAGUAAUAAUUGCAGUAACGGUGAUGAUUGUCGUAAGCUUGAUCACUAAGAGGGUACGUUACGAAAGAGAAGAGGAUACCAAAUGGAACCCUGCUGGCCUGAGACUGGACCUCUGGAUGAGUCAUUCCGGAGGAGUCCGUUGGGUCAAAGCUGGCAGAGCAAAGAGGUGCAGGACACCGUUUGUUUGUUUGUUUGUUUGUUUACUAGUUGUCCCUCCCAGUCCUUUUCCCACCCGGUCUCUGGUUCCCCUGACCCUGGAGGUCAGUGGGAAUGGAUCCUGACGACGGCACGGCUCGUGCUCACACUGAAACCAGAGGAACUCCGCAGACCGCACUUGUGGAUUUGAGAGAUUUCGGUUGUUGUGCAGUGGUUUGCCACAACUACAAAGCUGUUUGGUGUUCUUUUUUUGUUUUGUUUUUCACAUGUACUAGUGUUGACUGUUCUGUUUAAAAGGAAGCUAUUCUCAAAGUCACAGGUAAUGUGCUUGACCUUAGAAGAUGGUCUGCUCACCCACAAGUAGUAUGAACACGCCCUCACGUACCACUCACAUGUAUAGUGCCGCAUUACUAUUUGAAAUGCACACAAAUCAAUGCUUGCUUGGCACAUGUACGCAUAUACCGCUUUAAAAAACCUAGUGUAGGUGUAGAUUUUGUAGUUACACACUUACGUAUAUAUUCACACACACACACACACACACACACAGACACACACACACACACACACACACACACACACACACCUUAACAGGUUAUCAGGGUGCUAAUGAAAUGGCAUUCCUCAGGACUCCUCUCCCCAUCUUUGUCCAAGAUAGGGGUGUUAAACCUGAUAAAUCUAGACUGCAAUACAGAGACGUGAACAGAGGCAGAACGGAGUGGAGAGAAUGGGACAGCUAGAACGUACGUUAUGAGUGUGAGAGAGAAAGAAGAGAAAGACAGAGAUGCAAAUGAAGGAGAGAACACAAGAAUAGAGGGAAAAAGGGAAAGCUGAAAAGGACAAGAAAAGACCACCAUCCUCCUUCCUUCAUAACAAUAGGAAACAAACAUGGGUACACUAUUGACAUUAAUUAUGUGUAUUGGUAGUUAAUAGCUAUUAUAAUUAUUUUUUUUUGGAGUUUUUAUUGUUUUGUUGUCGCCUUAAAAAGCGGUCUAAUGUAAAUUAAGCACUUUGUAUUGAUGUACAUAUGUUAAGUGUUUGUGAGGAUGAAAGCGUAUGUUGAAAUAUAAUAAGCUUGGUACGAUAUCAGUAAGAGAUAGCUUCACUCACAUUAUUCUAGUAGAUUUGGCAAAGCUUGCUAAUCAUUUAUGCAUUGAUUUAUUUUAAAUUAAAAUGAAGGUAAUUUCCUUUUGUUCUUAGCACUUUAUUUCCAUGUCAAGCUGUUAUUGUAGACCGUAUUUAACAUGUAUGUCUUGUCUAUUUCUACCCCCUCUUAAGAAACAGCUAUCUAGAACAAUGUAUUAUGAAGAAUUGCAUCAGAAUAUAUAUAACUGUUGCAUUGGUUUUGUUAUGAUGCGGUUUCUAUUUUUUUUACCAUAAUGUGUUGAUAUUUCCCCGAUAUGUUUCCUGGAAUAUCAGUCCCCCCCUCCCCGACAACCACAAUGUUUACCUUACAGUAUCUCAGGGACAUACAUACUUUUUCCAAACCUUUUGUUUAAACCAGAUUUAUUUUUUCAAUGUCUGUGACAGAUAGAAGUGUUGGAUGGGCUUUCUACACUUGACCCAAGUGGUGUUCCAAAUGUUUAGAUCACAAAUCCAGUCAAUGCACACAAGUUAACAGCAAGUCAUAAUUACAGCAUAAUACUAGGCGACCCUUCUCACUAUUGCCACAAGUCAGUGUGUGUAUGUACAUAUCGGUGUGACCUGAUGUAAAUAUUAUUAAUAGUUUGUUGAAUAUGGUUUAUGAUGUCUGUUCCCAUCAAUUCAGCACUGACUACGAGGGCAUUCUUUCACGCAAACAAGUUUAAAUUCUAAAUUUAAAUCCCAGCUGUACCUGGGCUAAAGGUUUUAAGCUACUUGGAAAUAGACUAGUAGCUUGUUGUAGAAAGCAGUACCCAAGUGUGGAGGUUGAAUCAAAGAUAUUAAGUGCCGCUAAACAAUACAAAUUAGACAUGACAAGGAGAAAUGACAACAGGAGUGAAUUACUUAUCUUUCAAGUGCCAAAGCCCACCUGUGUGUUUGUUUUCAUGUGUUCAUGUGUUCAAGUGUUGUGUUUUAAAACAAAGUGUCCUUAUUGCAUCCUCCAUGUGUGCUGUGUAUGUUCUGUAUGGUAAGGCAUGAUGUUUUCUGUUUUGUAUGGUAUCCGUUUAUUUACAUCUGUAGCACUUGUUGUCCACUGCUUUUGCACUUGACAAAGUCAAAUAAAGGGAUUUGACAGCUCA